AAAUUAAAAAUUCCUUUGUCCACAGCCCAAAAAAAUGACGUAACCAACUACUCACCAUACGGCUAAAACUAAUCACCGUCCGGCACAAAAUCGCCGCGAUGUCGCCGUACCUUCGCCUGGUGUUCAUCGCCGCUGCGGUGAUCACCGCGGCGUCUCUCUCCCGGGCGGCUGCAUGCCCCUGGGCCUGUUCUUGCCGAGCUGCCGCAGCUGAUUGCGCGCACCGUGGUCUACUGCAUGUGCCGAAACGAUUGCCCACUGAUUCGCAUCGAUUAGACUUACAAGGCAACAACAUCACGAUAGUCUUUCAGAGCGACUUCCAAAGCUUGAAGGAUUUGAAAACAUUACAACUAUCAGAAAAUCUAAUACACACCAUUGAAAGAGACGCCUUCCUGGAGCUAAAUGCUUUGGAACGAUUGAAACUCAACAAUAACCGUCUCGGUCAUUUGCCAGAGGGCCUAUUUCUGAGGUUGAGGCACCUACAGCGAUUGGAUCUAAGUCGCAAUGAGUUGACGGCUAUCAGUCGCCGCACCUUCAGGGGUCUUACGGCGUUAAAAAGCCUACAUUUGGAUGGGAACCAUUUAAAAUGUAUUGAUGAAAAAGCUUUGGAGAACCUGAAAAGUCUUGAAGUCUUAACGUUAAAUAACAACAACCUCACGUACCUGUCACUCGAGCCGGCCGCCAUUACGCGACUGAACACGCUGCGACUGACCGACAAUCCUGUCGUGUGCGACUGUCGUGUCGCAAGGCUGUCGACCGCCGUCAGAGCUGCGGGGAUACUCGGGGUUGGAGCUAGAUGUCAAGCACCAGCGGCGUUGCGUGGAGCUCUGCUAACAGAACUGGAAGCUCACGAAUUAACAUGCAGCGGCCCCAGUAAGACGGUGACCGUGGAGUGCUCAGCGGAGCCGCGCUGCCCGCCACCUUGCCGCUGCACCCCUGAGGGUACCGUGGACUGCCGGGAGAAACUACUCUCCGAGCUGCCGGCUACUAUACCUCAUCGGGCGACGGAAAUUCGUCUCGAACAGAACGAGAUAACUGAAGUAGGUACAUCCGCCUUCUCAUCGGUGAAGCGCGUCGCGAGGAUCGACCUCUCCAACAACAAGAUCACGAAGCUAGCAGCUGAUGCCUUCAGCGGACUUGUGCAUCUUACUUCUUUGGUGCUCUACGGCAACAAAAUCAAAGACUUACCUUCAGGCAUAUUCCACGGGUUGUCUUCUCUACAAUUAUUAUUAUUGAACUCUAACGAGAUAACCUGUGUGAGGAAAGAUACAUUCCGUGAUCUACAGAAUCUCAAGUUAUUGUCCCUGUACGACAAUAACAUCAGAUCUUUACCAAAUGGAACCUUUGAUGCUUUGACAGGAAUACAGACUUUACAUUUAGGCAGAAACCCGUUUGCCUGCGACUGCUCUCUGCGCUGGCUGGCAGCCUACCUCCACAAGAACCCCAUAGAGACUUCUGGAGCCAAAUGCGACUCUCCAAAGCGAAUGAGUCGAAAGAGGAUUGAUGCCUUGAGAGAGGAGAACUUUAAGUGUAAACCGGGUGAAGAGUCAGCGAAUGCGUGUGGCUCAGCGGCGGCGUGCCCGGCGGCGUGCGCGUGCGAGUACGGUGCGCGAGCUGUCAGCGUCGUGUGCUCCAGGGCGGCUCUGACUGAAGUACCGCGAGACUUGCCAGUCAAUACUGACGCUUUGUUGAUGUCAGACAACAGUUUAGGUCAGAUCAAGUCAGACGGGCUGUUCGGACGACUACCAGACCUCACGAAACUGGACCUACGCAAUAAUGGCAUAACCGUGAUCGAAGAUAACGCUUUCGACGGCGCUGCGAACAUUCAGGAGUUGUUACUGGAUGGUAACCUGCUGCAGACGAUCCCGGAUAAGAUGUUCUUCGGGCUACAUAGCUUGAGCGUGCUAUCACUGACGGAUAACAAGAUCAAAUGCAUCACACCGGGAGCCUUCGAUCACCUCACCAUGCUAUCUACAUUGAACCUAGAGUCGAAUCCUCUGGACUGCACGUGCCACAUCUCCUGGCUUCCGAACUGGCUUCGAAGCCGCCGGCUGUCACCAUCAGCUACCUGCAGGACGCCGGCGGCUUUGAGAGACGCUAACCUUCAUCAUUUGGAAGUGUCCGACUUUAAGUGCACACCGGAGGACAAGGGUUGUCUGUCAGUAGACUACUGCCCAACGCAGUGCGCGUGCGCAGGUACGGUGGUCCGCUGCUCGCGCGCGCAGCUCACACAAGUGCCCAGCAACAUACCCAAACAGACGACCGAACUGUACUUAGAAUCGAACGACAUCACCGCCAUCUUGCCGGAUCAGAUCCGCCACUUGACGCAACUGACGCGACUCGAUGUCUCCAACAACCAGAUCAGCGUCAUCACCAACAAUACCUUCGAGGGUCUCACCAAGCUGUCCACCCUCAUCGUCAGCUACAACAAACUGAGAUGUGUGCAGCGGGAUGCCCUCAAAGGCUUGACUCAGUUGAGGGUGCUGUCACUGCAUGGAAACAACAUAUCUAUACUAGCUGAUGGGGUCUUCAGGGAUCUGGAGUCUAUAUCGCACGUUGCUCUUGGCUCCAACCCCCUGUACUGCGACUGCAGCACCCGCUGGCUCUCGGAGUGGGUGAAGAGUGCUGGCGAGUACGUGGAGCCCGGCAUCGCGCGCUGCUCCGAGCCGGCCGCCAUGAGGGACAAGCUCAUACUGAGCACGCAAUCUACUGCGUUCGUGUGUAAAGGCAAACCACCAGCAGAAGUGAUCUCGAAAUGCGACAGUUGCUAUAGCAACCCGUGUCGCAACGGCGGCUCGUGUCGGUCGCGCGGCGCCGGCGGGCACGAGUGCGCGUGCGCGAGGGGUUACCAUGGCGACGCGUGCCAGUACCAGAUCGAUGCGUGCUAUGGGUCCCCAUGCGCGCAUGGACUGUGUCAUGUGCUGGAGGAGGGGAGGUUUCACUGCUCGUGUCAGCCGGGCUACACCGGCGCCCGCUGCGAGGUGAACAUCGACGACUGCGUGGCGCACAAGUGUCAGAACAACGCCACGUGUGUCGACCAUCUCGAGGGGUACUCCUGCAAGUGCGCGCCAGGAUUCAUGGGUGAGUUCUGCGAGAAGAAGAUUCCCUACUGCACGAAGGAGUUUAACCCUUGUGAGAACGGUGCGGUGUGCAGCGACCACGGCAGCCACUACACCUGCGCCUGCCCCAAGGGUUACUCCGGACAGAACUGCACAGUCAACGCGGAUGACUGCAUCAACCAUAUGUGCCAGAACGGUGCAACCUGCGUGGACGGUCUGGACGAGUACCGCUGCGCGUGCGCGGCGGGCUACGCGGGGCGCUACUGCGAGGCCGCGCCGCACGCCGCGCUCGGGACCUCGCCCUGCGCGCACCACGACUGCGUGCACGGCGUCUGCUACCUGCCGCAGCCGCGCCCGCUGCAGGAUGAUAUAAUAAUGGAGCGACCACUUCUCAGCACUUCUAAUGAUUACCUCUGCAAAUGUGCGCCCGGAUACUCAGGUCGCCUCUGUGAAUACCUGACGUCUCUUACCUUCAGCCACAACGACUCGCUGGUUGAGCUGGAGCCACUGAGAACGGCACCACAAGCUAACGUUACUCUGGUAUUCAGUACGACUCAGCUACACGGCGUGCUUAUGUACUUCGGUGAGAACGAGCAUCUCGCUGUGGAACUCUUCAACGGAAGGAUUCGCAUCAGCUAUGAUAUAGGGAACCAUCCCACUUCUACUAUGUACAGUUUCGAGAUGGUGUCAGAUGGGAACUACCACAAGGCGGAGUUAAUAGCCAUCAAGAAGAACUUCACGCUGAAGGUGGAUGACGGACCCGCCAGGUCCAUCAUCAAUGAAGGUCCAAAGGAGUACCUCCGUCUCGAGCGCCCGAUGUAUCUCGGUGGGGUCCCGGAAGACAUCGCCAAGGAAGCCUUCAGCAAGUGGCAUCUCAGAAACAUAACCAGUUUUAAAGGUUGUCUAAAAGAAGCCUGGAUCAACCACAAGCGGGUGGACUACGUCAACGCUGUCAGGGUGCAGAGGACCUCAGCCGGUUGUGGUGAGGACGAGCCCACCAGCGCUGUAGCUGCAACUGUCUUCGUGCAAGAAGAUGCUGGGAGACAUAACCAGGACCCAUGCGUUCCUAACCCGUGUGCUCGCGGUGGACGCUGCGUGCGCGAGGAGGGCUCGCCCUCGGACUACACGUGCCGCUGCCGCGCCGGGACCGCCGGCCCGCAGUGUGAGCUUCGGGCUUCUAUCAGUGGCGCACCCGUCAUCACUCAAGGAACAAAGGUCUUACAACGGAAGCAGGCAAUCAACAACGUGCAAGCUUCACCAGCUGCACCGUCUCACAAACAACAGAUGCCGUCUGAACACGCACCCUCACAGCCGACACCUGCCAUCGGCGUCUGCAGAAAGGAGGCAACUCGAGAGAUAAUAACGGAAGGUUCAUGUCGUUCGCGGCGCGCCGUGCGGGGGGCGCGCUGCGUGUCGCGUGGGGAGGCGGGGGGCGCGGCCGGGGGCGCGGGGGGCGCGCCCGCCAGGCAGCUCGGCUGCGCCAGGGGACACUGCUGCGCGCCCAGGAAGACCAAGAAGAGAAAGAUAAGACUGGUCUGCGCCGACGGUACACGAUACACCAAAGAUAUAGAAAUAGUCAGAAAGUGCGCAUGUGGCAAGAAAUGCGCGCGAAACUCCCCUUUCCACUGAACCAAGACUGAUGACACGACCCCAUUUACACCCUCCACUCAUACAAGCUAA